AUGCUGGCUUCAGGGAACAGCUCUUCACAACCUGUAUCCUUUAUCCUACUUGGGAUCCCAGGACUGGAGAAUUACCAAUUUUGGAUUGCCUUUCCAUUUUGUGCCAUGUAUCUCAUAGCUAUAGUAGGCAAUGUCAUUGUCCUUCAUAUAAUCCGAACUGACCACACCCUGCAUGAGCCCAUGUACCUUUUUCUAGCCAUGCUGGCUAUCACUGACCUGGCUCUAUCCUCCUCCACACAACCUAAAAUGCUGGCUAUACUCUGGUUUCAUGCUCAUGAGAUUGAAUACCAUGCCUGCCUCAUCCAGGUGUUCUUCAUCCAUGCCUUUUCCUCCGUGGAGUCCGGGUUGCUCAUGGCUAUGGCCUUGGACCGUUAUGUGGCUAUCUGCUUCCCACUCCACCACUCUACUUUCCUGACCCCAGCUGUAGUGGGUAAACUGGGAGCAGCUGUGAUGAUGAGAGGUUUGCUAUGGGUGAGCCCCUUCUGCAUUAUGGUCUCCAGGAUGCCCUUCUGCAACAACCACGUCAUUCCCCAGUCAUACUGUGAGCACAUGGCUAUGUUAAAGCUGGUGUGUGCAGACACUAGAGUAAACCGUGCAUAUGGGCUCUUUGUGGCCUUCUCUGUGGUUGGCUUUGAUAUAAUUGUCAUCAGUAUAUCCUAUGUGAUGAUUCUGAGAACUGUUCUGGGGUUGCCCUCUGAUGAAGCCCGGUUCAAGGCUUUUGGCACAUGUGCUUCCCAUAUCUGUGUCAUCUUGGCUUUUUAUAUCCCAGCCCUCUUUACUUUCCUCACCCACCGCUUUGGACAUCAUGUGCCCCGAGUGGUCCAUAUCAUGUUCGCCAAUUUCUAUCUACUGGUACCUCCCAUGCUCAACCCCAUCAUCUAUGGAGUCAAAACCAAGCAGAUCAGGGACAGGGUUAUUCAAGGUUGUUGUGGAAAAGUCCCUAAGCCAAGGGUCACAGCAUCACAACUAACCCCGCCACCACACUGA